CAAACGCGCUCUUUCAUGGCGAACGAAAGCCCCAAGGCCCCAGAGCUCCCGAUCUCGCUCUCACUUCAUCGCACACGCCCUGCUUCGUGAUCGACCCUGGCGCACUUUGCCCCGCUAUCGGCCCUGCCUCAAUGUCCCUGGCACACACGGCGACAGUGUCGCCCAAAAGCGCUAACGAGAAACUCACAAAGUUCCUGAAGGACCAGUUUCCAGUCCAGAUCGCCUCGAUCGCCCAGGCGGCUCGCCUCAUCUCCAACGGCCAGGUUUCGGUCAAUGGCAAGAUCGUCCAGAAGGCCGUCUACAAGCUCAAGGCCGCCGAUAUCGUGGCGAUCAAGACAGCCAAGAAGGGCGAGGGCAGUCGCACUGGCGGCCCUGAGCGAGACUUUUUCGCCAAGUUGGGCAUUCAUGUUCACUUCGAGAACAGAGAUCUGGCGAUUGUCUGGAAACCGAGCGGCAUCAGCGUUGGCAAAAGCCAGCGCGGCUCCUCGGAGCAAUCCAUCGAAGCCUCGCUGCCGUCGCUGCUCAGUCCGGCCCCGCCAAGCAGCACCAGCAACGACGAUAGCAGCCUAGAGCAAGACGAAGGCCGGUGCGAGCCUCGGUGCAUAUCUUUCCUGGACAGGGCCACCGCGGGACUCGUUAUCUGUGCCAAAACACAAGAAGCCUAUCGGAUGAUCGGCCAGCUCUACAAAGAGGGCCUGGUGACAGAGACAUGGAAGGCCCUCUGCGUUGGACAUGUGGGCGAUACCCGCAAGCUGGCGCCGUUCGAGACGUUUGAGAUUACCAACAAGAUCGACGAUACCGAAGCCAUCACCCUCUGCACUUUCCUUGAAGCCACCCGAGCUCGCAACUAUCCCGGUGGAUAUAUAUCGACGAUAUUGGCCAGCCCGAUCCAGGAGUCAACGCCGCUCUGUGGCCAGGUCCGCCAGCACCUGUCUCAGACACAUGGCGGGCACCCCCAUGUCCUGGUCGGAGCGCCUCCAUCGGAUACGCCCACGCCCGCAGCCGAACGAGGGGACUACCUGGCACUCAUUGAAAUCGAGCUGGACCUUUUGCAUCCCGAUGGCCGGACCGAGCCCAUCCACGUGCGCGCCGAGGAGCCCAAGAAGUUCAAGACACUCAAGAAGCGAGAAGAGGAGACGUGGCUGGCUCGUCGGAACCAAGAUCUGGAGGAGCUGAGGACGUUUCGUCUCCAGCACGGCAUGAAUGGCGAGAUUCCCAAGGACGACGAAACCAAGCUGGACGAAGGCGUGCCAAUACCAUACAUUGUCGGUGAGAAGGACUUUUUCGGCCUGUCCUUCAUCGUCAGCCCCGCGGUGAUGAUUCCUCGCGUGGGCACCGAAACCUUGAUCCAGUGCGGGAUUGACGCCGCUAUGCGUCUCCGAGGCGACCCGUCGCAGCCUCCCCACCAUGCGAUCCGAGCCAUUGAUCUCGGAACAGGAUCGGGAUGUGUCCUGCUUUCCAUCCUGAAACACUUGCCCAACUCGACUGGCCUGGGCCUGGACCUUUCGGAGCAAGCUCUCGCGGUUGCAGCACAAAACGGCCAGAAGAUCCUCGGUGCGGCAGGGGCAUCACGAGCCGUCUUUGCCAAAGGGGCCUUUCAAGAUGUCGCCGCUGUUGCCGAGGCGAGCUAUCUGCAGGGACCCAACGACGACAGCCGGCUGAUCGAUGUGGUUGUGUCAAAUCCGCCGUAUUUGGCCAGGAGCCUGGUGCAGUCAAAUCGACUGUAUGCCCAGCAACGCCACGAGCCCGAGCUGGCUCUGGCUGGCGGAGACGAUGGAUUCCAAGCCUUCCGCGAGAUCAAGCAUGGACUGGCCCAGCUGGGCUGCCGGGGAUGGCUCCGGGCCGGAGCGGAAUGUAUCAUCGAAAUCAUUGGCAGCGACAUGGGCGAGAAGGUAAAGGAGAUCUUCCUCGACAUCGACAGCCAGCAGACCGGCUCUGACGACGAGACGGCGGCGCAAGGCAAAUGGAAAUAUCUCCAGAUCCACAGCGACCCCAAGGGCAUCCCGCGGUGUGUUUCGUUCGCCUGGCGAGCCAAGAAGCACGGCGUGUAGAUGGAGCCGAACACGCGGCGAUAAUAGCAUUGGAUAGCCCGGCGCGCCUGGGACUUGCUCGAUGAUCAUGUCUCGCUGAUCAUGUCUCAAUGAUCAUGUCUCGUUCAUGAUGCAUCCCACUCUCAACACGUGCGCUCGUUGCUGAGACGCAUCCUUUGGCACGUUGUCACACAGC